UGUGUCGACACCUAAUUUCUCGCCAAACAAUUUUAACAUUUGCCACUGAAGAGUCCGGACACCGGCUCAUGACCUUGGCGAAUGCCGAGGCUGCAAACAUUCAGACUUCUUAACCCAAAACACUACUCUACGUUGUUACAGGACCAGAAGCUCAUUUCUCUUUUGAAAUCUUGUAAGCUUAUAUCAGAAACCUCGCAAAUCCAUAGCUUUAUGGUCAAGACUGGCCUUGACCGUGUCCCUUUCACCCUGAGCAAGCUUCUUGCGUGCUCCAUUCCAGAUAUGGAAUAUGCAGCCUCCAUUUUCAAUCAUAUAAAACACCCAAAUUUGUAUAUGUUCAAUACGAUGCUUCGGGGCUAUUCCACUGGUGAUGACCCAAACAAAGCUUUUGAAGUUUUUAAUCAUGUGAGGGCUCAAGGAAUUAUGCUAGACCAGUUCUCUUUUAUUACCAAACUUAAAGCCUGCGCCCGUGUAUUCGCCAUUGGUACUGGGCAAGGGAUUCAUGGGGUGGUUGUGAGAUCUGGGCAUGGGCUAUUUAUCAAUGUAAAGAAUACGCUUUUGCAUUUAUAUUGUGUUUGUGGGAGGAUUGGGGAUGCUCAUAAGUUGUUUGAUGAGUUUCCUCAAGAAAAUGACUUGGUUUCAUGGAACACUUUGAUGGGUGGCUAUCUUCAUUCGUCACAACCAACUGUGGUAUUUGGUUUGUUCUGGCAAAUGUGUAGCAGUGGUUUGAGAGCCAGCGUCACCACAGUUUUGAGUGUUUUGUCAGCUGCCGGUGAUUUUGGAAACUUGCGUGGAGGGGAAUCUCUUCAUGGGCAUUGCGUUAAAGUUGGCUUUUGUUCUGAUUUAAAUGUUGUUACUGCUUUAAUUGAUAUGUAUGCAAAAACUGGGAAUGUUGAAUUAGGGCGCAGGACUUUUGAUGAAGUUACUGAAAAGGAUGUUGUAUUAUGGAAUUGUGUGAUAGAUAAGUAUGCAAGAAGCGGCAUGGAAGAAAAAGCGGUAGCUCUACUACUCGAUAUGAAAGUUCGAAGAGUGAGGCCCAACUCAUCUACAUUGGCAGGAUUGCUUUCAGCUUGUGCUGCCUCUGGAACCAUUAAUCUAGGCCGAUGUAUCUAUGAUUAUGUGCAAGAGGAGGAAAUGGUGUUGGACGCAGUUCUAGGAACAGCUUUAGUUGAUAUGUAUGCUAAAUGUGGGUUCUUAGAAGAGGCCAUUGACAUUUUCCAAAGGAUGGAGAGCAAAGAUGUGAAAUCUUGGACAGCUAUGAUUUCGGGUUAUGGCAUUCAUGGGCAAGCGAGAAAUGCUAUCGUGCUGUUCUACAGGAUGGAGGGUGAGGGUUUUAGACCUAAUGAAGUCACUUUUUUGGCGGUUUUAAGUGCUUGUAGCCAUGGAGGGCUGGUGACAGAGGGCAUGAGAUGUUUUGAGAGGAUGGUAUGCGUGUAUGGCCUGUCACCAAAAGUUGAACACUACGGAUGUAUGAUUGAUCUUUUAGGUCGUGCCGGGUUACUGGAGGAAGCAUACAAGUUAAUCAAGAGCUUGCCCAUAAGGAGUGAUUCUACGGCAUGGCGAUCGCUACUUGCAGCUUGUAGAGUCUAUGGGGAUGUUAAAUUGGGGAAAUGUGUGAAGACGGUGUUAGUUGAUAUGUAUGAUGAACAACACCCCACUGAUUCGAUCCUUCUCUCAAACACUUAUGCCAUUGCUGGAAGGUUGCCGGAAGAAAGAAGAAUGCUGGAAAUGAAAGUGAAAUAUAAGUCACUAGGAACUGAGGAAGAAAAGAUGACGAUGAAGGAAGCUGGAUGUAGCAUAAUUGAGAUGGAUUCUCGGUGGUAGAUAGAUAGACAGUUGGGGAAACGAGACCUACUGACUACGGAUAUUCAUUUUCUCGCCAUGACAGAUGACUCAUGAGCACACAAGUAUUCCAGUUCCUUGUGAUGAGACUUUUUGACAUAUUGAGAGUGGAUAAAGUAAAAAGUUUCAAAAUCCAGCUGAUUAUCCCAAAUAGACGGAAAAAAAUCGUUUUUUUUCCCCCUUCUCUUCUCUACUUAUCAUCUCCUAUACCAUAUACCAAUACUUGGUUUGUCAUUUCUAC